GAACACACGUUCUGUCUAUUGGCAUAUUUUUUAAUAAACAAAGGAGAAAGUCUUUGAAACUGAUUGCACCAAGUCAACUGGUUGACUUUAAUCGUGAUCUCAUCCUGAAAUGGACUUAACACACAACUCCUAAAUCUUAAUGCCUAAGCUUUGAACUAGUUGACUUUGAAACUCAAGAAUAGACAACAAGGUCUAUAAAGUAAAUUUCGUUGAAGAAUUUGAUCUUUGCUGAUUCAAGAAGAUGGGGACAACACUUGGGAAGCCAUUUGCUGGUCUAUUCCAAGAAACCGAACCGAGAAUAGUGUUUUUCGGCCUCCCCGGUACUGGAAAAUCAUCUAUACUUCACAAACUCAAAACCGGUGAAGUGCUUUCCACAAACACCCCCACCGGUGGAUUAGACAUGGAAAGCUUUAAAUACAAGAACUCGAGCUUCUGUUUCGUUGAAAUGGGCGGGCAAUAUCGGUAUAGGAUGAUACCGUUAUGGAAACAUUACUUUCGACAAGUAUCAGGGUUUGUGUACGUGGUCGAUACCACAGACAGAGAGCGAAUGGAAGAGGCAAAGAGUUUCCUUCACAUGGUGAUGGAUGAGGGGAAUGUACCGGAUAAUGUUGCCGUUCUUGUUUAUGCAAACAAGCAUGAGGUUCCUGGUGCCAUGUCUGCUUCUGAGAUCAGUAAUGUACUUGACCUCACUUCUCUUCGUCAGAGAAAUUGGCAAAGAAACUGGCAUGUCCAGAACUCAUGUGCAUUAUGUGGUGACGGUUUACAUGAAGGACUCGACUGGCUCCUGAAAAAUGCUGAAAGAAUGUAACAAAGUUCUGGUUUUUAUUUAAUGCUAAAUCUUCUGUUUCAAGUUAUUAAGCUCUUUGUGCUUAUAAAUAAUUUUAUGUUUCUUAAGAUAUAAAGCACAUAACUAACAGACAAUUGCAUAA